AUGAAUUCCAUUAAGAAAAAGUCCACAAAAAGGCAAUUGGAACUAAUGUUGGAGUUUUUACGAAGAAAUCGAAUUGUUCUCACCAGCAAAACAAAGCCACUCGAGCCCAAAAAACUGACACAAUUGUGGCAGCAAUUUGCUUUAGAAGCAAAUGCAAUAGAUGAUGGCCCUAACAAAACAGGGGAACAAUGGAGACAUGUGUUCAACGAGUGGAAAACGAAUGUCAAACGGAAAAGCAGGAAAACUGCUGCCCAAAUUGGUGGCACGGGGGGAGGUCCAAAUACCCAAACGCCCUUAACUGACAUUGAGGAGCAACUGUUGGAAAUAAUUUCCCAUAUCCAUCUUGGUGAUCCAAAAAUUAUGGACACUUUUGAUUUUCAAGAAGAAAAUGAUAAUGAACCUGGGCCAUCAUCUUCAUCUGGGCUUCAACCAAUUGAUACAUUAUUUGAUGUCCCAUAUAUUUCAAGUGAUACUCCAAUCGGUAAGAGAUUGUUUUAUUAG